AUGAGCGAUGUGAGUGAGGAGUCGCUGCUGGACUACUUCUACGCCACUGCGGGCAGCUCGGGCAAAGUGAAAAAUGCAGACAUACUGAAGACUUUUAAGCCUUUUAUUGGCCACAGUGACGCGCAAUUGCGUGCUAAAUACAGAGAAGAAUUCAAGCUCAUUAUUGACAGAAUUGCUGUCGUCAAGUCAGAAAACGGUGAGAAGUAUCUUUUCCUCAAGAAGAAAUACAGACAGCUGCUGCAAGCGCGAGACAAAGACAAAACUCGCACACCCGAUGUGGACAACACGGUGCUUGCUAAAGCACAGGGGGAUGUCACUGAUUCUUUCGCUUCUGCCUCACAACAGAGGGAAUGUCAGGAUGAGCUGAUCACAUGCAGCGAACCAGAUAGUGUUCCGGAGUGGGAGUCUGAGCAGGACGAGGAGUCAACUGGUAGUAUGGGUUCAGCUGCAGUUGCACUGGAUCCUCUAGAAAAGGAGUGGAUCUACUUUGCAGCUGGUGCUAGAGUUCUUGACCUCAGUCAGCUGCUUCGACAGGACCCAUCGCUUGCCAACAAGAAGGACUUUACAUCUUUUACGGCUCUGCACUGGGCUGCCAAACACGGCAAUGAGGACAUGGCAAAUUUGAUAGCAAAUGCCGGUGCUGAUGUCAACACCAAAUCGCAUGUGAGUAUCCUGUGGUACGUUUGGCAAGGAUAUACGCCUUUACACAUCGCAGCACUGCAUGGCCAUCAGAACAUUCUUCAUCUGCUCGUAGGGACUUAUGGUGCAAAAGACAAUUUGAGGGAUUACAGCGGGCGUCUUCCAUUGCAUUACCUCAACCCCAAAGAAGCAGAAGGCCCACUGGAGGAAGACAGCGAUUUACCAGAAUUUCAAGUGUCUCAGGCUAGAGAGCGGAACAGAAACAGGAAGUUGGCGUCGCUCUUCCAAUCCAAAAAGAAGUGGGGCUCAGCCGAGGACCUGGCACCUAUCGAGGAAGAGAGGACACCGUCGCAUCAGCUCGCCCUUCCCGCCUUCAGACCCAGGAAGUUCUCUCGUUGA